GCGACAGUGAAACUGCAGGUAUCAUUCUCCGUCUUAAAAAAAAAGUACGUUAUCGGAGAUCAGAUAUGCCCAAAGUGGUGUCUCGGAGUGUGGUGUGCUCGGACACUCGUGACAGGGAGGAGUAUGAUGACGGGGAGAAACCUCUGCACGUGUAUUACUGUCUGUGCGGCCAGAUGGUCCUAGUUCUGGAGUGUCAGAUAGAGAAAUUACCCAUGAGACCAAGGGACAAGGCCCGAAUGAUUGAUUCAGCAAAACAUGCCCACAAAUUCUGCAACGUGGAGGAAGAUGAGACUGUGUACUUAAAAAGGUCAGAGGGCAUCGAAAGGCAGUUUCGAAAAAAAUGUGGAAAAUGUGGUCUGCUCUUGUUCUAUCAGCAUCUGAUGAAGAGCACUCCAGCAACAUUCGUUGUUGAUGGAGCUCUGGUGAAGUUCGGCCAGGGAUUUGGCAACACAAGCGUAUACAGUCAGAAACAAGAGACACCUAAGAAAGUCAGGGUUAUGAUGACAAGGCGCACCAAAGAUAUGGGCAAGUUCAGCUCUGUUACUGUCUCAACGAUCGAUGAAGAAGAGGAGGAGAUUGAAGCGCGGGAAGUGGCAGAUUCUUAUGCCCAGAAUGCCAAAGUGAUUGAGAAACAGUUGGAGAGAAAAGGAAUGAGCAAGAGGAGACUACAGGAACUAGCGGAACUUGAAGCUAAGAAAGCCAAGCUGAAGGGAACACUCAUUGACAACCAGUUCAAAUGAAGAUUAUGUGUAUUGGUAUAGGGUGUUGUGCUUCAAAGAGUGUGUAGAAUAGCUAGCUUUUUAUUUUUUAAAGACAGAUUUUGUUUAAAUGUUUGAUUGGUUAAACUGUUUUUCAUAUUAUUCUUCAUUAAAUUAAAAACAGCUGAAUGGCAUUUUGUCUUCUAUUGGAAAUGUUUUUUUUGUUAUGUCAUAAAUGCAGAUGUGCAUGAUUCUCUCUCUCUCCUCACAAUGAGUUUGUGUUACGUUGGUUUCUCACACUUAUUGAUUGCGUGCAACUGUCCAUAAUUCCAACUGCGCUGUAAUUUCAAGGUAGCAUUGUUUGCUAUAUUCUUGCUACAGUGUUUGUUGGCAACUGUUCCUCAACCCAGCAUGUGUCUUGCUCACAUAUAUUACACGCAUGCAGUCAUAUUCAGUUUUGUGGGAAACACUGAUUAAGCAAAUCACUGAACAUGUCAUUACAAUGUGGCCAUGUGGAGAAAACCUCAGAAGAGUGAUGAUGUGCACCUGCAAGAAGACUUUUCUUUGGGCCAGUAUUUCUCAGUCAUGUGCAGAGGUCUGUGAUUCAGAUUCAGGAUCAUUGAACAGUGCAUGAUCAUUAUGUCACACCUGCACAAACCCCUAGUUUGGCAUUCUACCUGCACAGUUGCAGUUAAUUGCUCCUUAUGCAGGUCAGACAUCAUACCAGACUAUCUUUAAUGGACCAAUGGAGGGCUCAGCUGCUUCUGACAUUUGACUGGAUAUGGAUGUUUUGUGUGUUUUUUUUUUUUUGGUAAUUGUAUUUUUUAUAUCAAAUGACCAAAAAUGUAAUGCUUUUUUUUGUUCAUCAUUAUGUCAUAUGUGCAAUAUCUUCCUCUGGAUUUAUUCAGUGUAGCAAUAAUAUAAUGACAUCAGCUGGAAUUAUGCUUCAUAUAGGCCUACACUACAUGACCCAAAUGUGGAAAACUGAACACCGCACCCAUAUGUACUUGCUGAAUAUUAAAUUCCAAAACCAUGGACAUUAAUAGGGGCUUGGAUCUCCUUUUGCUGCUAUACCAGCUUUUACUUUUCUUGGAAGGCUUUCUGCUGGAUGUUAGAGCAUGGCUGUGGUUUUGCUUUUAUUCAGUAUCAUAUCAGAGGUCUACUGAAGUAGAUGUAGGUAUUCAGUGGGAUUCAUGUCCAGGCCAGUCAUGUUCAUCCUUACCAGACUUUUUUUAUGGACCUCACUUUGUGCACAAGGGCUUUGUCCUGAUGGAAAAGAAAAGGUCUAUUUUAAAAAUGUUUAAAGAGAUUGCAUGUCUUUAUUCUGGAUGUAGCUGAAAUAUUUGUCAUUAAUAAGGCCGUGUCCACACACCUUUAUCCAUGUAAUGUAUUAUAAGUGGAAUCAAAAACCAAUACUAAUUUACAAAAAUACAAACAUUCUCUCCAGUUAUCAGAGAUGCACACAGAUGCAUCCAGGUGGUAUUUGGGUGAAAGAAAGGUGCUGUGUUGGAGUCAUUUUGUGACAUAAUGACUUCAAUUAGGCAGGCCCACCAUGCAUCCCUCCCUCGCUGUAGAAUAAAUUGUUCACUUUUGAGUAACUAUGAGGAAAAAUGAAUUCACGUCUGGGCAGAGAGGUUUCUAAAAUGUUCCGAAAUUGUUGGUAACUGCAGAAAAUAGCCAGUUCUAUUUUCUCAAUUUCCCUAUUUUUUUUUUUUUUUAUGUUUCUGGUUGUGAAGAGAUUCUCAACCACUUUAUACUUAUGUUUGUUCUUGGUUAUGUUUGCUAUAUGAUUUAAAUUUAGUUUAAUAGGGCUCGAAUACUUUAUUUGGACCUUUUAACUUUAAAAAUGUGUUUUAUACUGAAUUUAGUUCACAGUCAAAUCUGAAAUGAAUCAGUUUCAAUUUAAGAGAGUAUGUGCAUGCUUGUGCUCUGGUAGUCAACAAUAAAUAUAUUAGAAAUUCCAAGUAGUAACACAGUGGGGCUUGCAACAUGAAUAUAAAUAUCCUCCCUGUAGGAUUGUACAGAGGUGUGUGUGGGUAAAGGUUAAUGUGUGAUAAUUUAAUCAGCUUAAAAGGUUCCUUGCAAAGAACCAGUAACAAAUUAAAAGACUGCAAUAAUAAUACCACAAGCAUAAUGUGUUUGUUUGUGUGCAAGUCUGGAACUCUGCUGCUGGUCACUUUGAUUAAAUGUUGGACAGACUGUUGAAAGACUGGUGUCUCAUUUUCUGCCCCUCAUUUGUUUAAUGAGUCCGACACAUGGCUGCUCAAGUCACACUGCAGAGCACGGAUCGGCCCAGCCCAUCUCUCUUCAUGGGUUUGGGUAAAGAGAGCUGCCAAGAUGUAGGCCGCAGGAGACUGAGAUCUACAAUCUUGUGACAUUUAAUUAAUUAAUACACAUAAACUCCUGCUGUCCAAUUACUCCUCCACUCAAAGAUUGUUGAAUUGUCUUUGGGCUGUUAGCUUUUAAUUAAAAAUCAGCUAGUAACUGAAGUCUUAAAAAGAGUUCUGAUAGUCCCUUUGUAUUGAAAGAAGAUGCAUAUUUUUCACAGUGUGACACUAGUCAUCGUCAAACUGUGAGUGUGAGGGUAUUAAGAGUUACAAGUGAAUGUGGGUGGAUUAACCACUUCCUGAAGGGGUUUUAAAAUGUAAAAAAUGGGUGUGGGUUAUAAGUGUUUGGGAGAUCCUCAAGUUCACACUGACAGCGUUGCAUGUUUUGUGUGUGGGGGUUUUAGGUGUUGGUGCAGGUGUAAGUAUGUUGAAUGUGUGAGUGUUGACAGGGCGAGAAGUAAUUUGUUGGGUAAAUUCCUAUGUGGGUUGAAAGGCUGAGUAAAAUGUGUGUUCUUAUGCUCUUGUACAUAUCAGUAUAUUUCCUUAAUCCCAAGAUUAUAUAUAUAUAUAUAUACUCAAGAAAUGCCACUAAAUGAUUUAUAAGAAAUAAACCUUGCCUACCUAUUUGAAGUUUACUCUCCUCUUUCCGGUCUCAUCGAAUUGUUUGAGCACUUCUUAAUUUUUUAUUUUCAUUUACAUUUACAUUUAUUAAUUUGGCAGACGCUUUUAUCCAAAGCGACUUACAAAAGAUGA